AUGGAAGCCCCCACUUCCAAAAUCGAGGGCAGCUCACUAGGACCAACUCCGGCCCCAGCUCCACCUCCGCCUCUUUCCACUCCCCUUCUGGCGGGAUGCCCAGGCCGCGAGAUUACGGGCGCAAAGACCAAUGGCCGCGAAUGGGCCUGCGACUUGGAUGAGCCUCCUGUCUUGGGCUACUCUGAAGAACUGUCCAAGACUGACUUUGAAGAACACCCACUGGCCCAUUAUAUCAAGCUGGAAAAGGGAUGGGAGAAACACCAGCUUGCCAUGUACGGCCUCAUUCUGCCAGCCAAGGUCCAGAACGGCACUCCUAUCUAUACUUGGGAAAGCGACUCUGAAGACGAAGAGGAUAUGGACAAGGCAUUGGUGCUUUCGAAGGAGAAAGGACAACCCGUUAAGCCUUCCGCCCAAGUGGAGCGACCAAGAACGCCCUCGAACAUCCUUCACAAAGUCAAGUCUUUUGCAAACUUCAUUGCCACAUCUGAUGCAGAGAGGGAUGUCCCCGAGCUCCCAACGCUCAAAGAACUACUCGACCAGUUCGGCCUACCCCCUGGAACCCCAACCGACACGGCGCCUCGGAGCUUUCUUCGUACGACCCGGUCCAGCAGCUCUCUGCGCCCAAAGACUCCCACUAGAGUUGUCCCUAGUGCUACCAAGCUACGCAGCAAGCGAAGCGCAGGAAUCGAAAGAUCCCAGAUCUCCAACCCCAUUGCUCCCGAGGAAAUGAGACGGGUUGGAUCUGAUUUCAGCCAGGCGGUGGCUCGACGCGGCAGAAAUAUCUCCGGAGGCGAGCGAGAUUCGCUCUACGCAUCAUCCUUGCGAAGCCCAUCAAACUUGAUAUCCCCGUCCCUUUCGACGAGUGUCCCUCUGUAUCUACUUCAGCCUCAACACCCUACCGUCUACUUUGGGCAGAACGAGGCCCCUCCCGAGUUUCGACAUGCUCCGCCUCGUCUAGCUCCCAUGGAGUACACUCGUCAAUAUUACAUUGCCAAAGCCAAGGCAGAGAGGGAAGGAGUCGAUUGCACAAUUCGCAAGCCUGCUGUGGUCUGGGCUUGGACAGAAGACUUCAAGGAGUUCCUUUUGCUCCCGCAACUACCCGCAGGCCUUCAGAGAAACUUCUUGCCGGACGAUGGCAAAGACUGCAAGUUUUCCAAGAUGGGUCGGUCAUCAAAGAACAAAGAUGUUGGCAAAAGAAGGUCCUUCGUUCCUCUUCCUUUGGACCUAGGCCCUUCUACUCCACUCAUGCCUGCUCACUUCCACAGCAACUCAUACUCUUUCAUCGGCUCUGACCACAAUUAUCGUUCAUCUAGUGAUGGAUUCUUACUUGAUCGUCCCGCAGCGGUCAGAUAUGAGAGUCUCGUGCAGUCAACAAGGUUGCUGCUCGGUGACCCUUCCACCCCCCUGGCUGAAGAAGAGAAAGAUUGCUUUGUUGGUGUUUGCCUUGAUACCACCAGUGAGGCAAAGCCCUUAUCUCGCCCCGGAAUGAUUCAGGCAUCUCCUGUGGACAGAGCUUCUAUCACUCCACUGCCCCUGCGCUUUGCUUCCCACCGAGCUUCCAGUGAAGCUCAGCCGACAGAUGCGCUCACGGCUACCCUUCCUCACCCUUGCAAUGCCGAACAGCUGCCCGCUGAAAGUCAUCGUCGGGUCAGCGAUUUCACGCAGGCUGCAUCGAAUGAAGUGGCUUCGCCCGAUGCUUCUUUUCGAAGAACCACUGCACCUAUGUCAUUAUCCACAACUAGUGUUGAAGGAAGCUUACCUGCACGUCGUGCACAAAGUAGAAUGACAGAAGCGUCUCCGCUUUGCUAUGGCUCUGCAACUUCUUAUGAAAGAUAUCGCCAGCAGUUUACAUUGACAGCCACGGGUUACAGAGACGAAAACAAUGUAUCGCCUCUCAGUUUUGAGCAUUUACAUGAAAUACCUUUUACUGGAAACGUGUCCCCUUUGAGCAACUCUCCGGCAUCUGCACAGACUGAGGUCUUUGCGCCAAUGGUCACGCGGAGACAGGAGACUCAACAGACUUUGGACGACGCUCUGACACCAGUGGUUGAAGAUGAGACAUUUCACCAAAGCAUCUCAGAUGAUGCAGCUGAUAUUGCAGACACCUCUUCCAUUUACUCACAGGAUAGUGCUGUCACUGCAGUUCACCAUCCUUUGACUGGAUGUCGCCCUUCUUCUACGGACUUGAUGUUGCUGGCGCCUACGACCAGUGAGCUUGAGAAUGGAGAGGGUUUGACCCCGCGCCAACCAGAGAACCUUCCUUCCCAUGUCGCUCACUCUCAGGAAAGAGCUUUACGUCGCUCACCUGGCCUCGAAGCUACCUCAUGCGUUCCAAGCUCAGAGACUACCCAGUCUCAUCUCGUUCAUGAGGAAACUGAUGAUACUGCUGAUCACAGAUACUCCGAAGCUCCAUCCAGUUCAAUCAGCAACUUCUCAUCGCAAGCGACUGGAUCUGCCGUGGACCGUCACGAUCGCUACUCGACUGCAUCUCAUGUGAGUACAGCCACAUCUGUGUCGACAGCCGCCUCGUUUCGACUUCCCAUUCAAGGCACUCCUGCAAGCCUGGAAAGCGACUAUGCCAAGGUCAGCAGCAAGUAUGCACGCCAUGUGGCUACCGAGAUCUCGGCUCCGGAAGCUUCUUCGAGAAUCUCCAGCAUGCGGGCCCAAGAUCCUCUCCCACCCUCCCGAAGCUCUGUCACCAGGAACCUAUCGUCUUCCCCUCACAUUCCUUCCUCAGUAACCUCAGCCGACACUGCCGCAUACUACCGCCAGAAGCGCCUUCCCAAACGACCAGAGCCGGCUCAAAAAGACCCUGUUACCGAGGCCAUUAAGUCCUCUCGCAACUCGGAGCUUCCAUCUCUCCACGUCAGAAGACGCAGGGCUGUCCCGAGCCUCCCUCAAAUUUCGGCAUCCCAGGCAUACCCGAAGCCGCUGAGGCUCAGCACGAUGAAGAGCCCCAGUCCAGCUCCUACGGCGUCAAGCGCCGACCGCGCAGCAUCCGCUGCCAGCACUGGAACCGUCGCUCGUUCAACUUCGAGACUCAUCACGGAUAUCGGAAACGAGUUGAACCGCGAGAUGGAAGAGGUCUUGUCGCCUCGCUCCGCUGCCAUGGCUCACCGCCCGCUGACGCCGAAGAAGGAAGUCGACGUCGAUACGCCUACUCGUCGCCCUCGCCAAGUUCAGUCAAUGAAGGCGAUUCCUUUCAACGCGCCUCCUCUUCCGGCGCCUAACAAGCCGCUUCCUUCGAUUCCGAAGCCAAAGACGCCGAAGCCUCAGCCGAAGAGUGAGGCUCCUGACUCUGCCUUCAUCGACGUGGACUUUGGUCCUGGUCCUGCCAAGUCUUACGUUCCCGCUCGACCGCCGCCGCCCAUCCCGGUCCUGAAGCCGAUUGACACCACUUCGCCGUCUGCUUUUGACACGACUUUCGACCCUUACGUCACUCGAGCCGACUUCUCUAUCAAAAGAGACCGCACAGUUCGUCCCGCAGCGUCCAUGGCGGCGAUGUCUCCUCGUCCCACACCUUUGGUCGAUCAGCGCCAGCAGCGUGUCAAUCAGCCGACAAGCUCUGCUUAUGCUCCAAGAUCAGCCAACGCCCCUUCCCGAUUCUUGGGUAAGAUGGCGUCGAUGGCUGAGCUCAAGAAUGGUAGAAGAGACACAAUCUCGAGUCGUUCGACGGACAGCGACGACGCCGUGGGAAUGAGAACUUUCCUUAGCGAGGAUAGUGCUGCUUCUUCCGCGUCCUCGUCGACCAGAGACAAGGCCACGUCGGGCUCGAAGCGGAAGUUCUUGAGUAACUUGUUCAAAAGAAAUCACAAGGAUGGCGAGAACUAA